AUGGCGCUCCUCCCCCGCACGGCGCAGCUGGCGCUCCUAUCCGCCUCCCCGCGCGCCUACUCCUCCUCCUCCUCUGCCGCGGCGAGCCCGCGCGGGGCGCUGCCUCCCGCGCCGGCAUCGAAGGCGGCGGAGUUCGUGGUGUCCAAGAUGAUGCACGCCAGCGCCUCCCGCUACGACUUCGACCGCUUCGGCUUCGGCGUCAUCUUCCGCCCCUCGCCGCGCCAGUCCGACUGCAUGAUCGUCGCCGGCACGCUCACCAACAAGAUGGCGCCCGCGCUCCGCAAGUACGUCUUGCUUCCUGACACCCGCAACCUUUAUCUCGCCUUUCGCUCACAGAUUAACAGCCUGUUCAUAGUCGACCAAUCAGUAUUUUUCUCUCACCGUAAAUCAGCACUGUCAGGCUUAUCGGUCCAUGAACCAACCAAUGAAAAGGCCGUAAACUUCUUAGCAGCAAUGCUCACUCUCAGCUUCCUCUGUUCGUUCUCUGUAGGGUCUACGACCAGAUGCCGGAGCCCUCGCUGGGUGAUCUCGAUGGGCAGCUGCGCCAAUGGCGGCGGAUACUACCACUACUCGUACUCCGUCGUGCGAGGAUGCGACCGGAUCGUCCCGGUUGACAUCUACGUCCCUGGUUGCCCGCCAACCGCUGAGGCUCUGCUGUACGGUGUUCUUCAGCUGCAGAAGAAGAUCAACAGGCGCAAGGAUUUCCUUCACUGGUGGACCAAGUAA